AUGUCCCUAAGCACUACUACCUCUAGUUCUGUUCCUAAUUGCCGCCCACGGGCCAAGCAAGCCUGUCUGCCUUGUCGCAAGAAGAAAUCCAAAUGUCCCGGCCAGAGACCCGUAUGCGCGCACUGUGCGCGAUUGCGCCAACCGUGCUCGUAUGACGAUCGUCGAGCAGUUAGCCUCAGUCUACACAAAAGUCAAGUAAUAUUACAGGAGUUGAGUGACGCGCAGCCCAGUCCUGCCACAGGCCGUGUUCCAGUAGCACUCGAUCUCCCCCUCACUAGGCUAGCCCUGCCGCCCUGGGUCCAAGUCUCAGAGAUCGCGCAAUUGUACUUGCAAUGGGUGGAGUCGCAGCCGUUCCCACUUUUCCAUCAUGACACCUUCCUCAACACUCUCCAGUCCCGGGAUAUGGGGCUCAUCUACGCGUUGCUUGCGGUGGCGGGGCGCUUCUCGCCCCAUCCGGAGCAUCCUGGCGGAGAGGAGGUCUAUGCCGGGUACAGGCAGAUCGCUAAUCGGCUGGUUAUGGAGCAUAUCCUCAGCGGGGACGUGGCUAUUUGGACGUUGCAGACUCUCGUCCUGCUUGCCACGGCUGCAGGGCUCGAUGAUGAUAUCCAGCACUUGCAUUCCUACAUAUCACUGCUGGUGUCCUGGGCGAAUGUAAUACCCUGCUCGACAAGACCGGCUGGAAGGGCAGGGCUCGAGUACGACGACGAAGCUCUUCGAUGCCGUUGGAGUAUUAUUCUCUUGCAGAAGUUCUACUUGACAGCCACACAUCCUAUGAGCGAUGUCUUCACCGAAGAUGCCCGCCUCAAUGAGCAAGCGCCUCGACUUUUUCCCAGCAAAGUCAGCCCGACUCCUUCACCCGAGGAGUAUCAGUACGCAGACCAAGGGAUCGUGAUGACGAUCAUCUAUCUAAGUGAAGUCUGGUCCCAAGCACGAUCAUACGUCCGCAGCCGUGGACACGCCAACAACGGACCCCCGCCGUGGUCGUACAAGUCCGCAUAUUCCCAGCGGAUGUCACUGCUGCUCCAGAUCGGGGCCAACUUGCCUUCCUUCCAUCGACCGAAGUACUGGGCGCCGUGGUUUCUCAGUCGGUUUCUGUACCACACCACCGUCUGCCUCUUGAACCACCCGCUCCUGGUCAUGCUCUGUGCUCGAGAGAGGUGUCCCGUGCCGGAGAUCCAUCUGCAGCAGACCUCCUCCCUCAUCUCCCACCACACACGCUGGAUCUCCGACCUCUUGAUUCUCCUCGAAGAGAAAGCCUUCAGGGUUACUGAUCCCAUCGUGGGGUACUGCGCUGCCAUCGUGGCCACCAUCGAGCUCCAGCUCCAAUACACCGGGUCGACAGAUGAGCGAGCAAUUAAGAAGCAGCGGCUGCAGCGCUGCGUCGAUAUGGUCGACCAGCUGGGAGCGAUUUGGCCCGCGCUGCGUAGACUCUCCACCACCCUCCACCAACUCAUCCACGACACCGCAACAGCCUACCAACAAAGCACCCAGCACAGCACGGACUUCCGCGUCCGACUGUCCGGCUUCUGGGAGGUUCUCGAGUUUCCCACCUCCAUUGCUGCAACUACAACGGCAGCAACAACGACACCCCAAAGCCAGUCCCGCAGAAGCGACCACCAGCGCUCGUGCCAGCCAUCAUCUCAGCCAUCCCAACAACAACCAGAAGAAGACCCCGGGCUCUCCCGACUCGAGUACCCCUACCGAGUGACGCGAUCCCGCCAACAGACCGGGCAGAAACGUUACCCAGCCACAGAGCGAAACCCUGCUUCGCCCUCCGCCUCCGUUAACGCGACUAUUGCCUUACCGACUGUGUACAACAAUACCGGCUUCAUCGCUAUGCCGGAUCCUCUAGCCCUAUGCCCCACAGACCCGCUCUUCGGGCCGGAGUUCUUCGAGUUCGGUGCACAGAUGGGUAGGGGGCAUUUUUGAUUAUGUCUUGUUGGCUGGAUCGUAUCAGGCACGGUAACGGUUACGGAACACUCUGGGUUGGACUGGGUUUUGGGAGUGUGGUGCUUGGUCGUUGCUGUUUGUAGUUACAUGAAGAUCGAUAUAGAGUGGUGGACUCACUACAGGCGGUUGGUGAAAUGUUGGCGUGUUGGAAUUUAUGAUACCAAUGUCCUUAUUUGGAUUUGAACAAGG